UCUGAUUUCUCCCCCCAGCUUAACACCAAAACAUCCCCAGCAACUAACCAGGCAUCCAGCCCAGAGGAAAAGGGGAAGGCUGGCAACUCCAAGAAGGCGGAGGAGGAGGAGGAGAUUGACAUCGAUCUCACAGCACCAGAGACUGAGAAGGCUGCGCUUGCCAUUCAGGGCAAGUUCCGGCGAUUCCAGAAAAGGAAAAAGGACCCCAGCUCCUGAAGGGCCAGCCUCACCCUUCACGCUCCCACCUUCUCUCCCCUUCUCCAGAGCCCUGGCUCCCAUGUGUCUUGGCCCUUUGUCCCUCUAGCCUCUCCCUGAGGCAAAGUCAACCUUCCUGUAUUCUUUUCUCUGGCACCCUGAAGCCAUCACAACAGUAGGGGCCCAAGGAACACAAGAAGAUGAAGGCUUCAGUUGGGAGCCGUUUGCCGAAGGGUGAACCAGUCUCCUUGGGCUGAGUACCUAGGCCUGCCCUGUGGGGUUGGAGCACAAGCGGCUUUGAGGUUGAGAGGUCCCCACCGCCACCACCACCAACAGCCAUGUAGGAAAGAGGGGAAGCCUUUAGAGUAGGGUGCCUGAGGGUCACUUCGUGUGACAUUCUUUCCCUUUCAGGUCCUCCUGUACCACCACCUCCAACCUCCUUCCUAGGAUCAGAGUCACACUGGGGACUGAGCCUCUUUUGCCCCAGGCAGACCUACACCAAGCAGUUUACCACGUUAAUGCAUGCUGAGCAGCUUAGUUCCCAUGAGGGAGGCAAGGAAAACUUUCCUUCACUAUCCAGUCUGAGACCACAGCAGGCAGAGGGAGCAGAGGGUCUGGGGCUAUGGAUGGGGACAUGAUGUGGAGUGGGGUUUAGAGAAGAAAGAAAAGUCAAGCAUGGGGAGGUCCCUAAAGCCAUGGCUUACUACAGUAAAAGCGUAUUGCAGGAAGGAUUCUUGGAGCUUUGCUAACCUGCCUACCUCUAACCGCUAACUCCAGCCACCCCUGUAGUUCCCACCUGCCCCACUGUGGAGUCAGGGCCGAAAUGGAAUAGCUACUCUGUGAUUUUAGCAUGUUUAAUAAUUAUAACAAUAAAAACCCCUCCAAUGGGGUCAUUGAACCUCUGCUAGUGUUU